AGUUGAGCAUCCUUGCUUUAACGUCUAAACCAUUCUAGUUUUACAAAACUUACUCAGUACUGCGUUAUUUUAUACUUUCCCCCUGCAAUACUGUGCAACCUUCAAGAUGUUUGCCAAGUUUAUGAACAAGAAGGAUUUCCACCCAGGCUCUAAGGCUAACAUCAAAAGGGUAUGGAUGGCAGAGCAAAAACUGCUUGCUUCCCAGCAGAAAGAAAAAGAACUAGAGCUCCAAUAUAAUAAGGAACAAGAAAGAUUCAAGAACAGGCAAGCCAUCAGCAAUGAUGAAAGAAUCAAGUCUGGCUUAGAUUUCUUAUAUGAUGCUCCUCCUGGUUUCAACAAAGGUAUUAAGUGAUUUUUUUGUCUUUUUUUAAAGGUACCAGAAGAGGAUGAGGGAGACGUGAAAUUUGAAUGGCAGCGUGGAGCCCCAAGAGAGGCGUAUGCCAAGAGUUUGGGCAUUGAAGCCCGGGAUCAGCCCUUUGGGAUUGCUGUUCGCAAUGUCAAGUGCAUUAAAUGUGGGAAGUGGGGUCACAUCAACACAGACAGAGAGUGCCCGCUGUUCAACAAAAAUAAAAAUGCCAAUGUUGAUCCAAGUCUUAUCACAGACAUUGCAGACCCCAUGAGGCUUUUAAAGGACAUGCAAUCUGAAGGCCUAACAUUGAAACAAAAUGUGUUAGGACGUGUCUUUGAUCCAAGUGACCCAAAUCAGCAAAUUGUGGCAUCUGAUGACGAGGGUGAAGACGACGCAGAAGCCGCUUUCUUAGCUUCUCUAACUGAGAAACAAAAGAAGAAAUUACUGAGAAAAUUGGAUAAACUUGAACGGGAGGAAAUGGAGGCACAAAGUGGCCAUAAGAAACGUAAAAAGAAGAAGAAGAGGAAGAGGAAACGAAAUUCUUCAUCUGACAGCGAGGAAGAGUUAAGUAAGCAGAGCAAAAUGGGAUAUCAUUCCGAAAGUGAUUCCUCUGACGCCGUAGAAAGAAAAGCGGGUAAGAAAUCAAAGAAUGAUGAAAAAAGGAGAAAGUCGAGAGAAUCAGCAGAAAGGGAUUUAGGCGAAAAGGACAGAAAGAGGAAAAAUUCAGACACAGAUAAACAUCACGGAGAUAAACACAGGCGUUCCAGAGAUGCAGAAAAAGACAUACACGAUCGCAGAGAUUCAAACAGACGCUUAGACGAUAUUAAGGCACACAGACACUCCAAGGAAAGUGUAGCAGAUGAGCAGAGACAUCAUGAUAGUCACAGACAUUCGAGAGAUCAUAAAACGUACAGGCGUCAUAGUGAGACAAGGAGACAUUCGAGAGACAACAGGACAGCUAGGCAUUCUAGGGAUGAAAGAAAUAAGACAAGCCUUCAAUUAAAAUAGGCCUCUUAUAAAGGGUAAGAUAGCGCACAGAAGGGACACCAGUGUUUUCUCGGGUGAAUCCCGGCGCGAAUCGGAACGAAUUUAGAGUUUAUCAGUACUGUCACACUAACGCAACCGAAAAAAAGUAUUUAUCAGGAAAUUUUGUUGUGUCAUGUACAUGAGCAAAUGUGUUUCUCACACACAAAUUGUCGCAGAACUCCACGUAUCGACCAGACUGAAAAAUUCUUUGAAAUCGUGUGUUAACAACUGUGUUUUCAACUGGCGAAGCGGAGCGUUUUAAGAUUAAAGUGAGUAGUUAAUUGUUUAA